CCGUGUCGCAGGUGGAGGUUGUCGUUGUGAGAGACACUGUGGAGAUGAUCCAAGAGAAGAUGGCCUCGAGUGGAGGUGCCGUGUGGACGUGGCUGAGUGACCGCCGCUCAGAGCUGCUGGGGAGUGGAGGUGGUGGGGUCGGGCCCCACCUCUUGCUCGACCUCUUUCUGCGGGAGCUCAUCGACGAGGCCGAGUACUGGAAGGCACGCGGCCUCCCUGAUGCGUCACGACGGGCACACUACGUCAUCACCCUCGUGGUAGACAGAGGAGAGGAGGCCUGCGGGAAGUUCAGGGACAUUUACGAGGGCUUCAGUAGCAGGAAGAUAACAUUUCUAGACAUGCAGAGACAGGCUGAAAUCUGCUCGCCAACAUACGACCCUAACACAGCAAAUGGGUGCCUACUGCUGUCCACGGACCUCAAGACGGUAACGAAAGCAGCUGAUCAACUGUAUCCAUAUCACGUGGACAGGUUUGAGGCCAUCCCCCAAGCGCUGUGCUCGGAGGGAUUUUCCUCCGGGCGUCACUACUGGGAGCUGCACGUCGGCUGUGCAGAGCAAUACAUGGUCGGUGUCGCUUGUGGGAAGAAUGCGAUGGAGAGAGAAGAAUUUAUUGCUGGGCUGGACGGGGUUAAAAUGUCCUGGUGCGUGUGGAGACGCGACGCUGAGCUCGUGGCUGCUCACAAUGGAGAAGUCACCGUGCUGAACCCGCCAGUGCCUCCCCAGCGAAUCGGGCUUCACCUGGACUUUGAAAUUAAGCAGCUCACGUUUGUUUGUGCCGAGACCAUGACGACUCUGCACGAUUUUUAUUUGGAAGAGUGGGAACGCUCCGUUACGCUUCAUCCUGCAGUGUUGCUGUUCAGUGGAUCGAUUACCAUUGCCCAACCCCUCAGUGGUGAUGUCAACACUGGCCGCAAAAACGUUAUCCAGAAGGUUGACGAGUACGAGGCCAGUUUGAUGCCUGUGCGGAAUGAGAUGGUGCCCCUGUUGUGCAGGAGACCCUAUCUCUUCCUGCAUGAGAUGUUGAUGCAGGGCCACAUCGAAGCGUACGUCUACUGGAAGGCAUACAUGGAAAAAUACCCCAGCAAGUGUGAAAUGUUCAUCCGCCAGGAAGUUAAAAGUGUAAAGAAAGACGGGGAGCUCAAGGAAGUGAUGGAAGCCACUAGAAGUAAUGAAAGAGACUUCCUCGCCAUGUUACACUCAUCAGAAAGGUGCUCUCCCACCGUGAACCCCAAUUCCGUGAACUCCGACCUCCGCCUCUCCGUCGACCUCAGGACGGUGACUCUGUCCUCCGAACGCCACUCUUACCCCCACCACCCCGAGCGCUUUGAGAACUGCGCUCAGGCCCUGUGCCGCGAGGGCUUCUCCAGCGGCGCGCACUACUGGGAGGUGGACGUGGGCGGCGCGGAGCAGUUCAGAGUGGGCGUCGCGUGCGCCACUCUACCGCGCGGAGGGAGAGAGGAGGCGCGGCUCCUGGGCGCGGGCACGGACUCUUGGUGCCUGUGCAGACGCGAGGGCGGCUACGUGGCGAGCCACCGCGGCCUCCACACCGCACUGGCGGCCGUGCGCCCUCCUCCCAGGAAGAUCGGCGUCCACCUGCGUUGGGAAAAGGGGCUCCUCUCGUUCUACUGUGCCGACACCAGGAGGCGGCUGCACUCAUUCAAUGCCACCGCCUUCCCAGGCCCUGUCUACCCCGCCCUGUGCGUACACAAGGGGACGGUAACCAUACUCCGCCUGAGUCUACGGUUUGAGGAGGGUGAAGGAGCGACUGGUGAGGUGGAGGAGAGUGGGGGAGUGAAGGGAGGUAUGGUAGAAGGUGUGGGAGUGAACAGCGACACGAGUAAGAAUGUGGAGCUGCACAGCAAGGUCGUGGAGAAUAGAGCGGAGAAGAGCGGAGUAGAGAAGAGUGGAGUAGCGGGGAGUGGAGUAGAGAAGAGUGGAGUAGAGAAGAGUGGAGUAGAGAAGAGUGGAGUAGAGAAGAGUGGAGUAGAGAAGAGUGGAGUAGAGGAGGGUGGAGUAGAGAAGAGUGGAGUAGAGAAGAGUGGAGUAGAGAAGAGUGGAGUAGAGAAGAGUGGAGUAGAGAAGAAUGGAGUAGAGAAGAGUGGAGUAGGGAAGAGUGGAGUAGAGGAGGGUGGAGCAUCGCAGAUUGAGGUGGGGGAUGGAGGAACUGGGGGAGGUGCUGCUGGGGAGAGUGAGGCCAGCAACGGAGCAACACAAAACUCGAGUGGGGCUGGUAGGGGCACGAUGAGCGGGGCAGAGAGCGACGUAACUAAACUUGGGGACGUGAACAUUGGCUUAGCAAAGAUUGAAGGAGAGAAGAGUGGUGUAGAGGAGAGCGUCACAGAUUGA